GUUAUCUCUUCAAGGAACAAAAUGGUGGAUGAGUAUACCCAUGUUGUGUAGUGCCCUAGUAAAGGUGGCCGAGGGAAGGAACUUCUUAUCACGAAUUACUCAAAGUUUCAAAUUCGAUGUUGUAAUAUUGUUGUAUUUUUAUAAUUGUCAGAUCAAAAUGGGUAGACUUUGUGUAGUCGCUUCGCUCAACUAAAUGCAGUUCGUACCUAGUACGUUAAUGGUACGACUCUGGGAUAAUCAUCACCACUUUUGGUUGCCCAACUUCCAAGGCAAUUCAAAAUUCCAAAUCUUAAUCUAUGGUCCAUCAAAAUUUGAACCAUAACGAGUAAAAGUAGAAUAAUACCUCACCUGGAAAAGUUUUGUAUUACAGGGCUCGCUUUCACGUCAAUCGUGACUAAUUUUAUCUCAAAAUGGCCAAAGUCUUGGCCAAUAUCUACGACCUACUUUACCCUAGUCCGCCAGCUCUGCAAGAUCUCGCAGCAAUCGCAAUUGCAGCAAAAUUGUGGCAUAAAAGAACCAUCGAGAUUUUAUGUGAUGAGAAUUCAUCGGAAGAAGACGCUAUAGAAUAUUGUUAUGGGCCUGAAAUUUCAUUGCGCAGCGAUUUCCCUCAGCUACCAUCUACCAUUCUUUCCAUAGUGGAAGGAUAUUUUGAUAAACUUCGAUUUUCAGAUUCCGGUGGUUCCAGUGAGAAUUCGGUGGAGGAUUUUCUUGAUAUCGUUUGCAAUUUCUACGGAACUAUUGAUAACGAUAAACUUGCAAAACUUGCGAUGUCAAGUGAAGAAGUCAGCGAUGUCGAAAAGUUCAAGAUUGCUUGUAGAUUUUGCUUGGAGGAUGAUAUAAAACGAAUUUGGCCAUCUGUAUCGGACUCGGAAGACUUGAACUUGGAUGAUGAUUAUUUUCAUUUUCAUAGUGAUCCUUUGGUGUAUUACUGGGUUCACCGUCUACGAAAUCAGUUGCAUAAAACCCCCUUAUCAGAUUAUGGUUAUGCUAUUAUCGAUGGAAGAGAAAUCCAAAUGUUUAAUAGUAAUUGGUCAGUCGUCGAGUACUUUUGGAAAAGUUCGAAAGUUGCGGAUCGAAAAGAAAGUGCAGCUUAUUUACUUAAACAUAGGGGACAGAUAUUCUGUAGGUAUAUAUUUGCAAGAUUGACCGAGGAUGAACUGAAUACAUUGAUGACUGAAAGAAGGGAUAGUUUUUUGUGUACUUUAUUGAAUAGUAAUUUUCGAGCUGGGAACUCAGACGACAGCAUCGCUGGUGGUUGCAUUUUAGCGGUAUGGGAAUAUAUUAAACAUAAAGUAAGUGAAAGGGAUUUUAUUUGCGCCGUACGAGAGAUUAUAAAAAAACAGACUGUAUCCUUGGGUGACAUUUGGAGCGAUGAGUCUUUCUCUUACCAGUUUUGGAAUCGUACACCAGAUCAUUUAAAACAGGUUGCCAUCCAAGAUGUUUUACUUGAUCGAUCUUUAUUCGUGAAGAAUACCCCUAGUUGUCAUAGAAAUAAUUGGCUUAUACGGUCUGUUUUGGCUGAUGCACCUUUUGAAGCUAGAAGCGUUUUUUGGAACGCAAAUUGGCGUGUUGUAUUACCUGGUACAAAAAUGGAAGAUUUGCAACAAUUUCUCACCCUAUGUUGCGAGACUGAAAGCGACAUUAUUCUGUUCAAAAAUAAUAAUUUGUCUAAAUAUGAAAACGUUGGACAAUUCUGCUUGGAAUACCUGAAAAAAUUCAGUUUCGAUGAAUUGAACCAAUAUUUAAAUUUUUGCUGCGUGGAGAAGGAAACCAUUUCAGCUUUACAACUCGAGUUGUUAACUGAUUACCUAAAUUUUCUCCGUGGAACUUGUCCUCCUGUGAACAAUCUUACUAAAGAAAACAAUUUCAUUCAUCAUAUUCAUUCCCUGUGUGCGUUCAUCGACGAUGUUUAUAACGAUAUCGACCUCGCAGCUGAUUUCAAAACUCAGGUCUUGUUGGCUCCUCGAACGAUCGAACUUCUAGCUAGAUAUGUCAUUGAGAAUCAGCUUGAGGAAGUAAUGCAGUUUGUCCUUGUCGACUCAUUUGCGGUAUCUGAGGAAGCGACGAAUAAUUUUAAACAUCUUUUGGUGCCUUCUGUGGUGAAUCUCCUGUCAACUGGAGAGAGUCUUUAUUUCAAAUUUGAUAAUAACGGUUUUGAAAGUUUUAUGCGAUGGUGUUUUGGAAGUGACGAUGAGAUCUCAGCAUUUAAACGAACUGUUCCUGUUGAUGAAAUCGUUCGAAAUAUCCUAAACGACCAGCGCAACGCCCAGGAUUACAAUGAUGAAGAGUGGCGUGAAUUAUAUUCUGACCUCGGUAAAUUUUUAGAAUGGGUUUGUUCCUCUCCCGAGGAGAUUGCAGAGUUUAAGAAAAAGUUCGAUGGGUUUGAAGAAUACACUAAAUAGUGAAAAUGGUCUAGCAUUAUUCAUUUUUUAUUUAUAUUGCAUAUUUUUUAAAAAGAUAAUUGUUUGUUUUUUUGUUACUUAUAUGAAUGGAUUAUUAAUGACAAUAUGUAUAGAUAAUUUGUGAACUGAAAUAUUACCUUUUCAUUGUUGUUACCCAUUUCAUUUUAUUAUUUAUGUACAUGAUGAUCAUCAUCUCGUUGGUUGGAAGUAAACUCAUUUUUGUCA